AGACAAUUUUGCAAUGACGACAGUUGGUCGCGGCACGGCAAAGAGUUUGGUAACAAGAAAAAGAGUGUUCGCCGUGGGAGCUUGUAAAGUGUAGUCUUUGUUUUUGUAAUUGUCAAAUAGUUGCGGUCCAAAGGUGAAAAUGUCACUGCGUUUCUACUAUGAUUUUAUGUCGCAGCCGUCGCGUGCGCUCUUUAUCAUAUUCAAAAUUAGCAAUGUCCAAUAUCAAGAUUUUCCGGUAGCCCUGCGCAAAGGUGAGCACUUGACUGAAGAGUUUAAGCAAAAUGUCAAUCGUUUCCAGCGGCUGCCCUGCAUUAUCGACGAUGGCUACAAAUUGGCCGAAAGUAUUGCUAUACUUAGAUAUCUCAGCGCAAAGGGCAAAAUACCCGAACAUCUAUAUCCCAAAUAUUUUGUGGAGCAGGCGCGUGUUGAUGAGUUUCUCGAAUGGCACCACAUCACUUUGCGCGUGACUUGCUCCCUUUACUUUCGCACGAUUUGGUUGGAUCCACUGAUCACCGGUGUACGACCGUCAAAUGAGAAAAUCCAAAACCUGACUAAACUUAUGGAGGACAAUUUGGAUAUUAUCGAAAAUGUGUGGCUGCAAAAAACAGAUUUCCUCACCGGACAGCGAUUGACUGCGGCGGAUAUUUUUGCAGCGUGUGAAAUAGAACAGACACGUUUGGCUGACUACGACGUGCGUAUAAAAUAUCCGAAAAUUAAGGCAUGGUUAAAGCGCGUGCGUGCCGGCUGCAAUCCACACUAUGAUAAUGCGCACCAAUAUGUGUAUAAAAUCAGUGGGACUGCACCACAUGCGAAACUAUAAGGAAAGAAGCUGUUUUGUGAUAUUUUUUAAAAGAAAAUAAAAUGUUAUGGAAUUAAAUAAAAAAAAUUAUAUAAUUAACAAAACAGAAAUAAAAUUAAUAUAUAAUAUA